GAUAGAGAGAGAAAUGGAGCGGGUUUGGCUGUGGAGGCUUUUGUUUCUGCUGCAAGCGUGUGAUUUAUGUGUGGUUACUGCAUCAGGCAAACAGUGGAAGAAACUGAGAGAAAAGAUCUCUGAAGCUGUGAAGGGUUACACACCAUGCAACCCUGACAACUGCAGCUGCCAUCUCAGUGUCCUACAACAUGACUUGCAGCCUUUUAAAAGAGGCAUCUCUGAGGAGGUUAUGGCUUCCACAAUUCAAAGAGGCGUUGGCACCCACUACCAGAUCAUUGGACAUAGGCUGUACAGAGAGCAGAACUGCAUGUUUCCUGCCAGGUGCAGCGGGGUGGAGCAUUUCAUACUAGAGGUGAUUGACAGGUUACCGGACUUAGAGAUGGUGGUGAAUGUCAGAGAUUACCCUCAAGUCCCCAGCUGGGUGCAGCCAACCCUGCCUGUCUUCUCUUUCAGUAAGACUUCAGAUUACCAGGACAUCAUGUACCCUGCAUGGACGUUUUGGGAGGGCGGGCCUGCUGUGUGGCCCAUAUACCCCACUGGACUGGGUAGAUGGGAUCUGAUGAGGGAUGAUCUUAAGAAGUCUGCAGCUCAGUGGCCAUGGAAGAAGAAAGAGUCCAAAGGAUUCUUCAGAGGCUCCAGAACCAGUCCAGAGCGCGACCCUCUGAUCCUUCUAUCCAGAGAGAACCCAGAGCUGGUGGAUGCAGAAUACACCAAGAACCAGGCCUGGAAGUCUGAGAAGGAUACACUGGGGAGAACACCAGCUAAAGAGAUCCCACUGGUCGAUCACUGCAAAUACAAAUAUUUAUUUAACUUCCGAGGCGUGGCUGCCAGCUUCCGCUUGAAGCAUCUCUUCCUCUGUGGUGCUCUGGUGUUUCAUGUGGGAGAUGAAUGGCAGGAGUUUUUUUACCUUCAGCUCAAGCCGUGGGUACACUACAUCCCAGUCAAACAGGAUCUCUCUGAUGUCAGGGAACUACUACAAUUUGUCAAAGAGAACGAUGGUGUCGCUGAGGAGAUCGCCCGAAGGGGUAAGGAAUUCAUCCUGGAGCACCUGCAGAUGCGAGACAUUUCCUGCUACUGGGAGAGACUCCUCACCAAGUUCGGCGGACUCCUCACCUACAAACCUAAAAUAAAUAACAACUACAAUCAGAUUAUCCACAGAACCAGCAAGACUGAGCUAUAAGAGAGAGACUCAGUGUGGCCGGGGGCAGCUGUAGUGAAAGGAAACUGCGACACCACAACAAAUGAUUUCCUUAUGUGUUGUUGCUGGUGUUCCUCUUUUUUUUUUUUUUUCACAGCACAGUCUUUUUUUUAAUAACUUUUACUUUUGAGUCUAUUGAGUUAAAUGUUUUAGGUCCUUACAGAAAUUACAGGGUUGUACUUUUUAGGCCAACUCCCACUACCUUCUGUUAGCAGUCUGGAUUGCCUUUGUGUGCUAAGUGCACAUCACUAAAAACCUUUUGACAGUACUUUGAAAUAAGGGUACACAGUCGUAGCUGCAGUUUAAUGUGUUGACUGUUAAUCCUGCCAUACCUACAGGUGCCACCGGGGGGCCUAUAUAUCAAUUCUGAGACACUGAUCGCUUUGUUGUUGUUGCUGUCUGUACUCACCAGCAAAUAAUAUAAAAAUGUUAAAGAGGCAUUCAACAGAUGAGUCUAGAUGAAACUGCACUUCAAAGAGUAUCUAACUUCCAUAUUGUGAUGUAUUUUAGGUGAAACGUGGGAGUGGGACAUAACAUUGGGAGGAAUGUGAUUUGAACAUUGAAAAGUUGGUGUGUCAUAAUUAACUCAACUCUGGGCCGCUAAAACUUUAAGAUUGAUUGAUGGAGGGAUGUCAUUACUUUAUUGGUUUAAAUUGGUUUGUUCAAGCCUACGUAAGCGCACGUCAUAGUUUGAUCUAUGUGUUUCUGGACUUUGACUCAUGCUAGGCUCUAAAAGUCAGGAUAUUUUGACCUCUGAUGCUUUGAUUUUCGCCAUUCUUUUUUUAUAUCCGUCUCUCGUGAGUCCGCCAAUGUUAUGGAAGCGAAAUACAUAAUUGCUGGAGUGCCCCUUUAACCCUUUAACACUUUAACGUGCACUGUAAGGACUUGUAUCUUUUGCGUGAACGUCAAUUCCGUUAUUCAUAGGACUGAGUGGAAGAAGUUCAGUGCCUUGACACAUUGUUGAAGCAUAGUAGCCAGGCAACAGAUCUCUACUCUUCACUAAAACCUAUUGGCAGUACUUCACAGCAACUAUUAAGUUUGAGUACUUGAAUAGAAGCACAGCAAAGUGUGACGUCAACUGUCGACGGCUGCUCAAACAUCCAGGAAGGAUGUACCAAGAAUAAUACCAUGCCAUGCUGUAACACAUUUAAUGUAUUGUUUUGGAAGGGUUUCCUGAAAUCCAAAACAUGAAGCACAUGUAUUCCUUUUUUUUUGUGACAAGAAUAAUAUGUAAAUCUGUCUCCCCAGGAGCUCUGAUCUAAUUGUCAAGUCCAUAUAUAGCCGAGUCUUAGAAAUGUAGAUAAAAUUGAUACCUUUUUAGCCAUUGUUGUAUCACUGAUGUUGAGUAUUAUAGGCUAGGAGUUGUAAUCAGCUGUGUCGCUCUUCCUGUUGAGCAUCUCUGGCUCAACAGUUUAAAUUGAACCUAUAGUCAGCACAGGAUAUCAGCUUUGUUACACUACCCUCUAAUGGACAACUGAAGAAACUCCAGCAAACCUUUACCUUAACAUUUCAUUACAACAACAUAUCUAUUGACUGUAUGAUUGACCUGUAAUGUCUGUAUUAGAAUGCAUUCAGCCAAACAUUUCUAGAACUUGAAAGGACUAAAGAAUAACUCACAGUCAUUUCAUUUCACACCAAGUGCCAAGAGGAAGCAAUAAACAAGUAAUCUUUUCUUUUUUUUUAAUGUGUAGAUUAACAUAAACACUCAUGUCAGUUGAUGUAACCUUGACGGAUGAUGCAUGAUUGAUACAGCAUAAUGUUGAAUAUGUUAUAGUAUUCACAUUGUGCUGCGAACCAGCAGAUUCUCACCGAUGCAAAGUAGCAUUACGUUUUAUUGUGAAGAGCUGUGGUAAAGAUGGUUCAUUACUAUGUUGAUUUGACCAAAAAACUGUGAUGAUCAUCAUGCACCUGGUUAAAGUGAGACAUACAGGAUUUUGUCACAGUUUCUGUAGAAAUGUGUUUUUAUACCAAUAAAGUGGUUGGUUCUUAAGACGUCAUUGAGCUGAGCUUUUCUUCAU